AUGUCUCCUCCCGUCGUUGUCGAGUUUCGGGUCCCCCUUGCCAGCGAGAACGACAGCAUGACGCAUCCGCACUUUCGGACAACCCCGCAUCCGACCAAGCAAUGCAAGCCCGAGGGGUGCAAAAACCGCAGUGUCACCGAUACGGAGGCCCUGACUACGUUGGAGUCACACCGGACCGAUAGUCCGAGUCGGGAUCCGCGAAAUACGCUGAUAUCUAUGAGCGUCCAUGGAGCGAGUUCGCAGCCUCAAGGUGUCGCCGAUUCCGACGUCAACGAUCCUCUCGAUACGGAAAGUCAUGCAACCGACAACGAGCAGGUCACGGCGGCCGAUACCCAAUGGCUCGAAAUUUGCGCUGAAAUUCGCCAAGACAAUCAAUCUGUCUCCUUAAUACAACUUGAGUCCUUUCAAGAUUGCUUAGAGCGUCGCGAACGAGCCGCUUACAAUAUUAGCCAAGCUUUUGACCAUUGUCAGCAAGGACUGGAAACUGCCGUUACUGGCAUGAUCCACAAUGUGGCCGUUCCCGUACACGACACUUGGCAAGAAAGUCUCGAGACGUUGGAAUCCGAUAUAACGCGCACCCUUGUGUCCAAUCACGAACGACGUCAACAGUUGCUGCUAGCUUUGGAAGCUUCCCACGCGGCUUGGCAAAUGCAGUAUUCUUCGUUGGUUGGAAAGGUUUUGCCGCAACCUCCACAGGUACACCCAUCGUCAGACAUACCGGAUUCAUGCACGACCUCGUGCCGUGAGCUCGAAAGCCCUAAAGCGAUCGUAAAACAUGUUGACGACGGUGACAAGAAGGAACCGAACUGGACAGAGCUCGCCAAGUAUCAACCCACCCGUACCAACCUAGAACUCUUUUUGCAAGGCCGAGAUCGUUGGCAGCAUGCGCACGGCCGAUUUGCGCAAGCACUGGACGAGAUCUAUGCCGACCUCCAAUCGGACAAUGAGCGAAUUCUCCAAACCGCCUUGGAUACGCAUGAUUCGUGGCAAAAGACAUUGGACGAACAGCAGCACGACAUUCAACUACAGUUGGCCUCCAACGUUGUGCGCCGACGAGAGCUUCGGAGGGCUUUGCAAGACUCAGCCAAGCAUACCCAGGGAAUGUUCGCGUCCCUAAUGGCACGCGUAAUGUCUUGUUUGCCUUCGCAAUCCGACGUCUCAACGGAUAAGGCAUCAGUCAACAAGAAGCGUAAACUAGAAUCUCCCGCCAGACGUUCGCUCACACGUUGA